AUGAAAAUCGCUGGAUUCCUCUGGCUGAGUCUUCUCGGCGCCUCUAUUGCAACUGGCAAAACCCAUGGAGUAGUGAAAAGAAGCACUGUGAGCGAGAUAUUAGCCGGUAUCAAGAACACUGUAACCUGCGCUGCUUGUGAGAUUUUGGCCCAUCUAGGCAAUGAUGACUUUGUGGAUGUAGAAGACUCAGACAUUUGUGAGGGUGCCAUCGCUCAGGAAGGCCCUAUAUUGGCGCAUGACCUUCGCAAUAUGGAUAUACCCUCAACUGCUACCGCCCUCUUUUGCACGACAAUCUUCGGCCUCUGUGAUUAUCCGGCUGUUUCAGAGUAUGCGGUUGACUUUCCUUCAGCCAAACCGAUGAAUGCAUCUCGCCCCUCGCCCAGUGGAGGAACACCUAUUCAGGUCGUAGACAUUAGUGAUAUCCAUGUUGACCUAUCUUAUGAAACCAGCACUAGUUAUAACUGCACGAGAAACAUCUGCUGCCAGCCAUACACAUUGUCAGAUGCACCCGGCAAUACCAGCUAUCCUGCAGGCGAAUUUGGCGAUCACAGCUGCGACACUCCGCUUAGUCUGGAGGAGAGCAUGUAUGCGGCUAUACAGGAGCUGGUCCCCAACGCGGCAUUCACCAUCUUCACAGGCGACGUUGUGGAAGGUGCCCUCAAUCUCGUUUACGGAGUAAUUGGUAACCAUGACACGGCGCCUGUCAAUUGCUUUCCUCCAGCUGACAUCAACACAACCAUUUCAAGCCAAUGGGCGUACGAUACUCUUGCGUCUGACUGGACGCAAUGGAUAGGGUCGACCGCUGCCACCACAGUCCAAGACUACGGGGCGUAUUCCGUGAAGUACCCGGACGGAAAUCUGCGCAUAAUCUCCUUCCACACAAACCUGUACUACAAGGAGAACUUCUGGCUGUACGAAAAGAGCAUGGAGACCGAUCCAAGCGGGCAGCUUGCCUGGCUCGUCAAUGAGCUCGAUGCUGCGGAGACCGCCGGCGAGCGAGUCUGGCUGCUCGGCCACAUGCCGAUGGGCUGGCAUACCCUGAGUAAGCUUGUUCUCUGCGUGGUGAUGCUGCGUGGCCGGCUCCGUGGAUUGCCUGUCACGAUCGACAAGGCUAUCCUGUUGCCCGUGGAGCACCUCAUCCAGGCGGAACAGGAAGACGCGCACAUCCGCUUGGAACGGACGAUGAGUCGAAGCCGAAGUCGGACCAUGGCAUAA